GAGCACAAUAUGACGUUGGAGCAUAAGCUGAAGGUCCAGGAAGCUCUGCUUAAAGAAGGAUUUAGAAAGAAAUCUGAGGAGAUGAAUGCAGAGAUAAAUCGUUUGAAAAAUAUGAUUGAUAAUACUAAAGAUGAUGAUACUCCCUGGCUGGCAGUAGCCUUGGACAAAUUUGGCAAAAAGAUCUCUUCACUAUUGUGCGCUCCAGUCAAACUUCUUGGUCAUAUUGUGAGUGGUGUGAGCUCCCUAUUUAAAAUGAAGUAGCUCUUCUUUUAAAGAAAUUAUAGAUACACAAUAUAUGUACAUGCUCUGGCCUAUGUUUGGUGUGAAUGCUUUUCACUUGCAUUCAGCAAAUCUUUAAAUAUAAAAAGUGGUUACUAGAAAAUAUCAAUGCCUGGCCCACAUUAGAUAGAAUAAAUGCACUUUGAUAUAGCAUGUUCACUUUUAGGAAAUAUAUGUGUGCAAAAUCAUAUAUAUGUAUAUAUACAUACAUACAUACAAGAGGCCCGUUGAGGCAUCCCUUUUAAUGGCAAAAGAUUGGAAACUACUUAAAUGUCCAUCUAUAUAAACUGGUAAUAUACAUUUUCCAUGUACAUAUACUGGAAUACUAUGUAGCCAGUAAAAAAAUUGAUAGUGGAGGUUUAUAUGUAUAAAUAUAGAACAACCUUGAAGAUAUAUAGUAGAGUGAAAAAAAUGAGGUACAAAACAGUUUGUAUAAUCUGUUCACCAUAAAAAAUGCAAUUAUUAUGUGCACUCAUAUAUAUGUACACAUAGAACGCCUCUGGAAGAUUCAUUAGAAAGUGGUAUCAUUGGUUCCUUCUGGGGAGAACAGCUUGGCAUUCGUGAUGGAAGGGACACACACUUUUCAUUAUAUCCUCUAUCUUCUCAAUUCUGUAAAGAAAGCUUGUAUUAUCAUUUCUCAAAUGACAAAGAAAACAUAAAGUAUAAUACUAAAAAUGAUAAUAAAUGGAAUGUGAAAUUGACUAUUAGAUGAUGAAAUUGCUCAUUGCUUCUAGAAAUGACAUCAGUCUGUUCAAUGAGUUGGAUCAGAAUACUAGAAAGCAUAAAAUUUGCAUCCUAAUCUUGUUUUCACUUUGGCUGUGUUUUUAAUCCCUUAUAUUUCUUCAAAAAGAAGGUAUAAACUUUCCUGUUACCCCUUGAAAUCUCAGCUAGAGGAGAAUGCAGCUGACAUAUUUUGAACUGUUAUUGCCUAUAGCCAUAAUGCUAAGCUCUUUCGCUAGACUCUUUAAUCCUUCAAAUAACAUUAAGAAGCAUCUACGCUUAUUGUCAACAUUUUAAAGAUCUGAACGGAGAGGCUUAGCAAGUUAAACGAACUUGCCUAAAGUUACAGACAGCAAGUAGCAGAGGAAAACAGCAGCACAUUUUAGAGGCAGUAUUUCACAUUGGGAAGAGCAAUAUAGGAAAGCACCAGACAUCCUGGGUUUGUAGAACUGAACAUAGUUCUGA